AUGUAUGGAAAAGAUGACGUGGAGAGAAUUCAGCGACUCGCUGAUGAUUGGCUUUCAAUUGAUAUGAAUGCUAAAUCAAAGGAGGAAAUUCAAAAGUUACUACAGCAGCAUGACUAUGAGACCUUAGAUAAGAAAAUGUCCAAAAGAAUAGCUUUUGGAACAGCAGGAUUGAGAGGGUCUAUGUGUUCUGGAUUUGCAAAUAUGAAUGAUGUAACUAUUCUACAAGCGUCGCAGGGAUUGGUUAGUUAUUUGGAGAAUUCUAAUCGGGGGUCCCAAUUGUCUAUUGUGAUUGGGUAUGAUCAUAGAUAUCAUUCACAAAGAUUUGCAGAAAUAACAGCAAGCGUGGCAAUUACGAAAGGCUUCAAGGUAUUCUACUUGGGAUCUAUUGAUGUGCUCUCCGAUGAGUCGUUGCAACAUGGCACUUCUGAGUCAAACUUUGAUCUGUGUGUUCAUACACCAUUGGUCCCUUUUGCAAUAGAUUACUUCAAGGCUUCGGCUGGAGUAAUGGUAACGGCCUCACACAACCCAGCACAGGAUAACGGUUUCAAGGUCUAUUAUUCUAACGGUUGCCAAAUAAUUCCACCAUAUGAUACUGAUAUAGCAAUAGCCAUUGACGAAAAUUUACUGCCAUGGUAUGAUCUUAAUGUUUGGGAUGUUGAAGAUAACUUUGCAAAAGGUAUAAAACGAAACUUACUCCAGGCUGUAAAAGAAGAAACUACGGAGGCGUAUUUACAACAUGUCAACAAGAAUUUAAUCAUUAGCGAUAGUAUCAAUUUCAAAUUUAUUUACACACCAAUGCAAGGGAUCGGAUUAGAUAUAUUUGAGAAAGCUUUUAAACUCUUCAAAGGAGGUAGUUAUAAAGCCGUCAAAGAGCAAGCAAGUCCAGACCCUGCAUUCUCCACCGUCGCUUUUCCAAAUCCAGAAGAGAAGGGCGCAUUAAAUUUAUCAAUCAAGACAGCGGACUCUUUUGGUUACAAUCUAGUCCUAGCAAACGAUCCGGACGCAGAUAGAUUUAGUAUCGCCGUGAAAACUGAUCAUAAAUGGAGACAAUUGACUGGAAAUGAAAUUGGCUUUUUGUUUGCUAUGUAUGUAAUUGAGUGCUUUCCGAAAAGUGAAUUACUGAAAGUCUAUCUCUUAAACUCUACGGUUUCUUCUCAGGUUUUGGCAUCAAUCGCAGAAGUCGAGGGCUGCAAUUACCAAGAUACGCUCACUGGGUUCAAAUGGAUUGGUAACAAGGCCAUAGAUCUUAAAAAGGAAGGGUAUCUUGUUCCUUUUGCUUACGAGGAAGCAAUAGGUUUUAUGUUCGACGGAGUGAAUGACAAAGAUGGUAUCGCUGCUGCCGUUAUUUUUCUUCAACUUUAUCAAAAGUGGUGCAUUAACGACAAUAUCGAUUUGAUCAAAAGGUUGCAUAUUGGAUACGAGAAGUAUGGAUGGUUUAAAGAAUGUAACGGAUAUUACAAACUCAAAGACAAGAGUAGAACAGACGUUAUUUUUAACUUUAUUCGACUGUCAUACGACAAACAGCUGCCGGAGACUAUUGGCAACUUUAAAGUAUCUGAAUGGAGAGAUCUCACUAUUGGGUAUGAUACCACAACAAGCGACCACAUACCAGUUUUACCUAUAGAUCCCCAUUCUCAAAUGAUUACUGCAAAAUUAUUGGAUAGUAAUAUGGAUCAAGUGCGAUUUACAUGCAGAGGAUCAGGUACGGAGCCUAAAUUAAAAGUAUAUGUAGAAGGAAAAGCAGAAUCAGAGGAAGCUGCUCUAAAAAUUGCUCGGGAGUGCUGGACUACCCUUAGAGAUCUCUGGUUCAAGCCUAAAGAGAAUGGCUUGACUGAAGUAGUUUAG